AUGAGCGCGGCCGUGGCCGGCCGGCCGCUCACUCACGAGGGCGUCAUGCAGCCGCUGGGUGGAAUCAAUUUUGCGCUCAUGCGCUUCGCCCGCGACAUCUCUCGUGCAAAGGCACGACGGCGGCGCUUCAACCAGCGGUACGCUCUGGUGCCACUGCUGCUGGGCAAGGAGGAGCCGCUGCCGCUGGGCGACCCGGACAGCUGCAUCGGAUGCAUCUCCUUCACGCGGGACGAGCUCGCAGACUUUGACGGACGGCCGCUCCCCGAUGGCUCUCCGUCACCGCUCUACCUCUCUAUCCUUGGCCGCGUGUAUGACGUGAGCGGCGGCGCCGCCUUUUACGGGCCGGGCAAGUCCUACCACAAGCUGGUCGGCAAGGACGCCACUCGCGCCUUUUGCACCGGCUGCCUCGCGCCCUCGUGCCUCAUCUCGCGCGAGGCGCAGCGGUGGGUCGAGCUGUACGAGUGGCACGACAAGUACACCCUCGUCGGCCGCCUCCGCAGCGAAGAGGCGGCCGACCCUGAGGAGCAGGAGAUGGCGCUCUUCCACGCGCUCGAGGCGGAGGGCAGUGGCAACUACAAGCCCUUCAAGCGGCAGUAG